AUGUUUCGAAUUCGGCUGAUUACAACAACAUCAACAUUGCUUAAACAUUAUUACCAACUCAGUCUCGCCCGAGAGGGAUGGCGACCUUGUUUCGGUGAUAUCGACUGCUACCUUCAAUUGGACCCAACAGGAAUGUAUGUAGGUGCGCUGAAUGAUAAACCUAUUGCAACGUACUCAGCCAUAAAAUAUGCAGAUGGCUACCGUCAUCUUGGCUCUUAUAUUGUCAAAGAGGAGUAUCAAAAGCUUGGACAUGGACUGAAUUUAGAGGAAUCCUGCCUAGCCAACUCUGCUCCUAUUAAAAAUAUGUCGCUAUAUACGACUCCAGAGAUGGCCAGAAAGGUGGAAAAAAGGCAUGCGAUGAUUUCUCGCUGGCCUGUGGGAAUAUACGAUCUUAACAUUUCGAAAGCUCUGGAUAAACUCCGCGAAUAUAAUUCAGAUAGCUGUGAAGUGAAGCAUAUUAACGAAAUCAAUAUGCAAGAUGUUUGCGACUACGAUACAGAUGUGUUUGGAUACAACCGGAUCAAGUUUUUAGAAAAAUGGCUGAAUACACCCGGCGCUCACGCACGCGUCGCAGUUAACAAAGAAGGAUCGAUCGUCGGCUAUGUAGCU